AUGACUGAUGAGAAUACAGUUGACCCUAACUACUUAAUUGAAGUCUAUUCAGACGAGUUGUGUCGCAAAGAGGAGGUGAAAGUCGGAUCCAGUGCUAUUCCACUCAUUUUCACAGCAGUGGUUGUGUUGAGCUGCAUCUGUAAUAUCCUCAUUCUGCUUUUCCUUGUGCUCUACAAAAGCCUCAGAUGCCUGACCAAUGUCUCAAUCCUUUAUUUAGCCGUGUCAGAUCUGCGGUUCACCUUUGGCCUUCCGUUUUGGGCCUCGUACUACAUCUGGGGUUGGACAUUUGGAGAGGUUGGUUGUAAAGCUGUGAAGUUCUUCUUCUAUGUGGGCUUUUACAGCAGCGUGCUGUUCUUGACUCUAAUGACCGUUCAGCGUUACAUGGCAGUGGUUCAUCCUCUGUCUGACUGGGAGAGAUGCAGAGGCCUUUCCGUCUCUCCUUUUAUCGUUUGGAUCCUGAGUGGAACGGUUGCACUGCUCGGUUCACUUCAUAGCAAAGUCAUGACAGAAUCUGAGAGCCUAUACUGUGAAUAUGACAGUAUUGAAUGGAGAUCUGGCAUUGCUUAUUUUCAAAAUGCUUUUUUCUUCAUUGCAUUCCUAAUCAUGGGUUAUUGCUAUGGCAGAAUGCUGCGGACGAUCACAAAAUCAUGGACUAAUAAGAGACACAAGACUGUUAGACUAAUAUUCUGUAUUGCACUGGUGUUUUUUAUUGGUUGGGCUCCAUAUAACAUUGUCAUGUUCCUAAAAUCUUUGACCUUCCACCCAUUCACUGAUUGUAAAGUAAGCACUAGUGUAGAAAAUGCAUAUUAUGCUUGCCGAAUGAAAGCUUUCUCACACUGCUGCAUAAACCCAGCGAUUUUAGUUUUUGUAGAUGCAAUGUUUUGUAAUACUUCACGAGAAAUUUCAAGGAGAUUGAACAAUCUGGCUGCUCGUGGGCUCAAAUGA